CCUAUGAGUACCACGUUCGAUGGCAGCGCGAACCACAGCGAGAACACUUUACGGAUAUUCUUGGUGACUUUAGUGGAAUGUGGUCAUUGUGUAGAUGCGUCCGAUUACGCAAUUUACGUGAACGUUUGGUCGUAGCUAAGGCCCAGGUCACAGGAAAUGGUUCCACAGUGGACACACAAAUUGGAGCAGCGCAGUGAAUAAGAGACACGGCUUUCAAAUAAAUAUUCUGGAUCAACUAAACACAUAAAAGAGCUGAACAACCUUGUCACAGUUCUUGAUAUGGAGAGAUUUCCUCUCGAGCAGUGAUGUUUUGGGGCUGUCGCUGGGCAACAGACUUUCAACUCCCUCCAAAGAUUAUCUAUGAGGUUGAGAUCUGGAGACUGGCUAGGCCACUCCAGGACCUUGAAAUGCUUCUUACGUCAGUCGUCCUGGUCCCUUUGCAGGAAAAACAUCCCCAAAGCAUGAUGUUUCCACCCCUUCAUAGUAGUGAAUUUGUGAAAAAUGCGAUGUGAAAUAAAAUAAAGUGGACGACGGGAGGAACUCUUCCCACUCUUCUCCACCUCUGAAGAAUGGCAGGCCUGAAGCUUGUCACCCCGGCCACAUCUCCCAUGGGGCCUUUUUUUGGGCUUCCAUGGCAGCAGGAGGCUAUCCACGAUAAUAUCUAUACACCUAGAAAAUAUCAGGCAAAACUUCUUGAAGCAGCUCUUGAACAUAAUACUAUCGUCUGCUUAAAUACUGACUCAGGGAAGACAUUUAUUGCAGUUCUACUAACAAAGGAGCUUUCCCACCAAAUCCGUGGACAAUACCCAGGAAAUGCGAAGAGGACUGUAUUCCUUGUCAACUCAGCCUUGUCUGUGGUUCAGCAAGCAGCUGCAGUCAGGACUCACUCUGACCUCAAAGUGGGAGAGUACACAGAUAUGGAGGAGACUUCAGCAUGGACUUGCCAUCAGUGGCAUGAAAAGAUAAUCAAUAAACAGGUGCUGGUCAUGACUUGCCAUAUAUUCCUGCACAUACUGAGGAAUCAAAUCUUAACUUUGUCGAAAAUUAACCUGGUGGUUUUUGAUGAUUGUCAUCUUGCCAUCGCUGAUCACCCCUACUGUGAGAUAAUGAAGCUUUUUGAUGGUGGCUUGUGCAAUCCUCGCAUUUUGGGUCUCACAGCCUCCAUUUUGAAUGGAAAGUGUGACCCAUCAGAUCUUGAGCAGAAAAUCCAGAAUUUGGAGCAAGUCCUGAAGAGCAACGCUGAAACUGCCACUGACCUUGUAGUUCUUGACAGAUAUGCCUCACUGCCAAGGGAAGUUGUGCUGGACUGUGGCCCCUAUCUGGAUAAGAGUGGGCUCUCCUCUCGUCUCCAAGUGGAGUUAGAGGAAGCUCUUGACUUCUUGAAUGAUUGUAACAUAGCUGUUGCAAAAGAAGACAGAGGUCCCACAAUCAUUUCCUGUCAGGUCCUGAGUGACUGCAGGGCUGUGCUGCAGGUGCUGGGGCCCUGGUGUGCAGACAAAGCAGCAGGUAUCAUGGUGCGUGAGCUCCAGAAGUACAUCAAGCAUGAACAGGGAGAGCUUAACCGCAAGUUUCUGCUGUUCACCGACACGAUUCUCAGAAAAGUACAUGCCCUUUGUGAGGAACAUUUCUCUCCUGCCUCCCUGGACCUCAAGUUUGUCACACCAAAGGUUCUCCGCCUGUUGGAGAUCCUGCAUGAAUACAAGCCCUUUGAACGGCAGCAGUUUGAGAGUGUAGAGUGGUACAACAACCGGAAUCAGGACAACUAUGUUUCUUGGAGUGAUUCUGAAGAAGAAGAUGAGGAUGAAGAGGUCGAGACCAAAGAGAGGCCUGAAGCCAACUUUCCUUCACCAUUCACCAACAUUCUAUGUGGAAUUAUCUUUGUCGAGAGGCGUUACACUGCGGUCGUCCUAAAUCGUCUUAUCAAAGAGGCAGGAAAGCAAGACGCAGAGCUGUCUUACAUCAGCAAUAACUUCAUUACUGGCCAUAGCAUUGGCAAGAACCAGCCACGGAACAAGCAGAUGGAGGUGGAAUUCAGGAAGCAAGAGGAGGUUCUCCGCAAAUUCCGGGCUCAUGAAACCAACCUGCUGAUUGCCACAAGCAUUGUGGAGGAAGGUGUGGACAUUCCAAAGUGUAACUUGGUAGUGCGGUUUGACUUGCCAACUGAAUACAGGUCCUAUGUCCAGUCCAAAGGCCGAGCUCGAGCUCCUGUCUCCAACUACGUUAUGCUGGCUGAUAGUGACAAGACCAAAAGCUUUGAAAAGGAUCUUGGUACUUACAAGGCCAUAGAAAAGAUAUUGAGAAACAAGUGCUCCAAAUCUGUUGAGGUUGGUGAGUUUGAAGGAGAGCAAGUGUUGGAUGAUGACAACAUCCUUCCUCCAUACGUGCUUCAAUCUGAGGAAGGAGGUCCCCGGGUCACCAUAAAUACAGCCAUUGGACACAUUAACAGGUAUUGUGCUCGGCUGCCCAGUGACCCCUUUACCCACUUGGCUCCCAAGUGUAAAACUAUGGAGACGCAAGACGGAAGAUUCCAGUCUACACUUUAUUUACCCAUCAACUCCCCACUAAGAGUGCCUGUUAAGGGUCCAAAAAUGAAUUGUGCCAGAUUGGCAGAGAAAGCAGUUGCACUGCUUUGUUGUGAGAAACUCCAUCGAAUAGGUGAGCUGGAUGAUCAUUUGAUGCCAGUCGGGAAAGAGACCGUAAAGUAUGAGGAAGAGCUCGACCUUCAUGAUGAAGAGGAAACCAGCGUUCCUGGCCGGCCUGGCUCAACAAAGAGGAGGCAGUGCUAUCCUAAAACUAUACCAGAGUGUUUGCAGGACAGUUAUACUGUACCCGAGCAUACUUACUACCUAUAUGUCAUUGGGAUGGUCCUCACCACGCCACUCCCGGAUGAGCUCAACUUUCGCCGACGGAAGCUUUACCCACCAGAGGAUAGCACCCGGUGUUUUGGGAUCCUGACAGCGAAACCCAUACCGCGAAUCCCCCAUUUUCCGGUCUACACACGCUCGGGUGAGGUGACUAUCUCCAUUGAGCUACAAAAGUCUGGCUUCAACCUCACCGCCACUGAGCUUGACCUCAUCAUUCGCCUGCACCAGUACAUCUUCUCCCAUAUCCUCCGCCUAGAAAAACCUGCACUCGAAUUCAAGCCUACUCUUGCUGAUUCUGCUUAUUGUGUUCUACCUCUCAAUGUAGUUGGAGAUUCCAACACGCUUGAUAUGGAUUUCAAGUUCAUGGAGGAUAUUGAAAAGUCUGAGGCUCGAACUGGCAUUCCGACGACUCAUUACACCAAACAGAACCCCUUCACCUUCAAAUUGGAGGAUUACCAGGAUGCUGUCAUCAUUCCAAGGUACCGUAACUUCGACCAGCCACAUCGCUUUUAUGUCGCUGAUGUGUACACAGACCUCACACCUCUUAGCAAGUUUCCUUCACCAGAAUAUGAGACGUUCGCUGAGUACUACAAAACUAAGUACAACCUGGACCUGUCCAACCUGAACCAGCCACUCUUGGAUGUUGACCAUACCUCAUCCAGACUGAAUCUCUUAACACCCCGUCACCUGAACCAAAAGGGCAAAGCACUGCCCCUCAGCAGUGCAGAGAAGAGGAAAGCAAAAUGGGAAAGUCUGCAGAACAAACAGAUCCUGGUUCCAGAGCUUUGUGCCAUACACCCCAUCCCUGCAUCCCUUUGGAGGAAGGCAGUGUGUUUGCCCAGUAUCCUCUACCGUCUCCACUGCCUCUUGACAGCAGAGGAACUCAGAUCCCAGACAGCCAGUGAAGCUGGAGUUGGAUCACAAAUCCUUCCUCCUGAUUUUAGGUAUCCAAACUUGGACUUUGGGUGGAAGAAAUCAAUUGACAGCAAAAUAUUCACGUCCUUAAGUGAGGAUAAUGACCUUCAACGUAAGCACCAGUCACCUGAUUCCAUUUCAGUCAUGGAUGAAAGUCAUCUUCAGCAUUCCCAAGCCAUUGUCAGUUAUGGCAAGAACUUUGUGAAUGGCACUACUCUAAUUCCUGACAAUGGUGGCAUCAGCCUCCCAGAAGGAGAGCACAUUCACCUACAUAACUGUCAAUGCUCCCAGUGUCAAUUUCUUGAACUGCUUCACCCUGAAACAAUGCAAAUCCCUACCUCAGUUCCUGUGCAGCCCUCUCACAGCUUGAAGAAUCCCGGCACGUGUACUCCACAGCAUAGUGAUGAAUGUACACCAGAAAGGAACAUAGGCCACAAAAAUAAUGCUACCUCAGCCUACGGACAGGCCGAAGAGUGUCCCAGUGCUCACAAAGCAUGCAAUCUUGCUGCUGUCCUGCAUCCCAGUGAAGUGGCAGGAGACUCGAUAAAAAGCCUGGGCCCCAACCCUGGCCUUAUCCUGCAGGCCUUGACCCUUUCCAAUGCCAGUGAUGGUUUCAACCUAGAGCGGCUGGAAAUGCUGGGAGAUUCGUUCCUCAAGCAUGCCAUCACCACAUAUCUGUUUUGCACCUACCCUGAUGCCCAUGAGGGCAGACUCAGCUACAUGCGCAGCAAGAAGGUGAGCAACUGUAACCUGUACCGCUUGGGGAAGAAGAAAGGACUUCCCAGCAGGAUGGUGGUGUCCAUCUUUGAUCCCCCCGUCAACUGGCUGCCUCCUGGCUAUGUCGUUAACCAGGAGAAGACCAUUACUGACAAACUGGAUUCUGAUGAGGCCAAAGAAGAGCUUCUGCCUAAUGGAUGUUCUGGUCAUGACUGUGGUAGAGAGGCGGAAGAGGUCACUGAUGAGGGAGACCUGCUUUUGAAGGAUGAGCCAAAAGAUGAGGUCAACAUAGAGGAUGACCUGGAGUACUACAAGGAACACAUCAAAUUCAUUGACAAUAUGCUGCUAGGAUCUGGUGCAUUUGGCAAAAAGAUCUCUCUGAGCAGCUUCCCACCCUCUCUAACCACUGCCUCAGGCUCAUCACCAUCCAUGGAGACCCCAUAUGAAUGGAAGGUCCCAAAGAAAAACCCAUUUCCCUCAGCCCACCACCACUCUGAGACACUACCCACAGUUCCUUCAGCUGAGGACUUUGAUUACAGUUCAUGGGAUGCAAUGUGCUACCUGGACCCCACCAAGGCAGGUGAAGAGGAUGACUUUGUGGUGGGUUUUUGGAAUCCAUCAGAGGAGAACUACGGCACUGAGCUUGGAAAGCAGUCAAUCUCUUACGACUUGCACACAGAGCAGUGCAUUGCAGACAAGAGCAUCGCUGACUGUGUUGAGGCUCUGCUUGGUUGCUAUCUGACCAGCUGUGGAGAGAGAGCUGCCCAAAUGUUCCUGUGCUCAUUGGGCUUGAAGGUGUUACCACUUGAGAGAGGGAGCUUGACUGGUGACUUUUCCUACGGCUGGUUGAAAAUCCCACCACGCUGUAUGCUGGAACAUCCAGAUGCAGAGCGAACACUCAACCACCUUAUCUCCGGCUUUGAGAAUUUUGAAAAAAAGAUCAACUACACAUUUCAGAACAAGGCUUACCUACUGCAAGCCUUCACCCAUGCUUCCUACCAUUACAACACCAUUACAGAUUGUUACCAACGAUUGGAGUUUCUUGGUGAUGCAAUUCUGGACUACCUCAUUACAAAGCACCUUUAUGAAGACCCACGGCAGCACUCGCCUGGUGUACUGACUGAUCUGCGCUCAGCACUUGUCAACAACACCAUUUUUGCCUCUCUGGCCGUAAAGUAUGACUACCACAAGUACUUCAAAGCUAUCUCACCUGAACUUUUCCACGUUAUUGAUGACUUUGUGCAGUUUCAACUGGAAAAGAAUGAGAUGCAAGGCAUGGACUCAGAGCUACGACGCUCUGAAGAAGAUGAGGAGAAAGAGGAAGACAUUGAAGUCCCCAAGGCUAUGGGUGAUAUCUUUGAGUCACUCGCUGGAGGCAUUUACAUGGACAGUGGGAUGUCAUUGGAGAUGGUGUGGCAAGUGUAUUAUCCAAUGAUGAGGCCACUUAUCGAGAAAUUCUCUGCAAAUGUACCCCGUUCUCCUGUGAGGGAAUUGCUUGAAAUGGAACCAGAAACUGCCAAGUUCAGCCCCGCAGAGAGAACUUACGACGGGAAGGUCCGGGUUACAGUGGAAGUCGUAGGAAAGGGCAAGUUCAAAGGAGUCGGACGGAGCUACCGUAUUGCCAAGUCAGCAGCGGCCCGACGAGCUCUGCGCAGCCUCAAAGCCAAUCAACCUCAGGUCCAAAACAACUGAGCUCUUCUCAGCAUUAAGCACCUACGCUCUUGAUGCUUAUGGAGAAAAAGCAGUAUUUGCUAUCCAACACAACACAAUGCUCGGUAGGCCCUACAUGUUAUACUAAGUGAUGAACAUCUGGGGCAGCCAGGGAACACUGUGUGGAGAUGCAACAGAAGUGGCUGACUUUUUUACAACAGAUUUUACAUCUGAUCUUUUUCAUUGUUUUUGCGCAAACACAAUCUUUAUUUUGCUCUCUUUGCUUUUGUGUAAUUAUGAGUGCUUUAUUAACAUUAAGCAAAGUGUUUAAAAUGGUCAGGUUGCAAUGUGUAUUGCUAUUUUUCUCUUAACCUCAUCAGUAAUUAAGAUGAUGCAUAUGCCUGUUAUGUUCUCACUUUGUGCAUAGUUCAAUAAAAGUGUAAAUCAAUGUGUAUAGCUAGGAGAAAUACAAGAAACUCCUCAGCCUGUGCAUGAAAGCCAGUCAGUUUGUUUGUUUAAAAAAUGCUAGCAGCAGACAUACAGUAGCUACCAGAUUCCACUGGAGAGAAAAAAAACACUAGCGGUGUUGCUAUGGGAAAAUUUUAUUUGUAAUCAUUCUUCCACUUAGUCUUCUAGGGUCUGUAAUUGAGAAUUGUGUGGUCACAUUGACACCAAAAUGAUAUAAAUAGAAAUGUAUACGAAUCUCUAAUUAUAUUCUUGAGCUCAGAGGCUAAGUUCAACCCGUGUGUCCUGCCAAAUAAAGAGGAAUAUAAACAUUCCCAGUUACUGUAAUUUAAACUAGUUUUGAACCGUAAUUGGGUUGUAUAUUGCUUUCUAAAACUGUGUGAACUGGAUUUCUUUGUGUUAAAAUCUUUUUUUAUAUGACAGUGAGAUUAAAUGUUGUGGCAUUACUUCGGUUAUUAGAUUGAAAUACAUUUUCAUACUAAGAAUAGAGCAACUAAUAAAAUAAUCAUUGUGAUGUAGAUGGCUUUCAACAAAUAGAAAAUCAUACAGUUUUGGUGCAAGAGAAGACAUACUGUAUCAAUUAUCCAAUAUGGUGCAGACUUUUUACACAAAUUGGAUACUGAUGUUUGAACUCGUUUUCAAUUGUUUUUGUGAAAAAAGGCCAAUAUAUUACAACAUGCACGUGUUAACUUACAUCCUAUACAAAUCCUUUGUAGCGGCUUUGACACUAUGGGUUUCAAGUUAAUUAUGGGAAAUAAGGAUUUAUUUCUCCUUAUAGAGUGUGUGUUUUCUUUUGUCUUAUUUUCACAUUGUCAUUUUCUUCCUCAAUAUGCCCAUUUUCACGUCAGUACCUCAGUUAAUUGCAUGCAUUUUCUUGGCUUUUUUUCCUUUUCGUUUGGUGCUAUUUUUUUGUAUGAUGCUUGAAUUUCUGAUCUUUUUUGCACUGUAACUGUAAAACCUCUUAAGUAGAUUUUUUUUUUUUUCUUUUGUAUUUUUUUUUUUUUUUUUUCCCAAAUGACAUUCAGUUUUUUUUUUGUCAGUCAUCAAGCUGUGGAGGAGUGCCACAUUGCUCUGUCUUCCCUUCGACAGUUGAGUUUGAGGCUAGAAAUUUGGGGAGGGGCUGAAUAAUUUUCAUUAGGUUGAGAAUUCUUUGUCGAUCUUUCUGAUAAAAAACCUGUCAUGAGAUGGGUUUGUCGGCUUAUGGAAGAAAUCAGAUUGCACUCGUAAUCAUGAGGGACAGAUUGAAAAUAUACCAGUACAAUUUUUCUGUUUCUAUUAAUAAGAGACAAUUUCCUGUGUGGGUCCUAAAGUUGGUUUUGCUGUCUGAAAUGUAUUCAUCAAAACCGCUAGGUGCAAUCAGUGCUUUAUUGAGUGGAUGUUAGUGGCUACCUAAUUCAGCUUUAUUUGAAAGUGAUGUUAGUUUUACUGUUAGUCUCUGACCGAAUCAGGAUUCAACACAUAGAUGUCAAUUUCACAAGUUUGUCUCAGUUGAACCUUUCUUGAUUAAAUUAACUACUGUGUGUGUGAUUUGGA